GAAUUAGCAGUCGGAUUUCUUUCAUUUUUAUUUUUAUCUUCACAGUGUUACUGUAUCAGUAUUAUUCUGCUAGUAUAGUCUCGAUAUUAAUCAUGGCUCCAGCGAGAUUCAUUAAAACUCUGCAAGAUUUAGCAGCAAGUUCAAUGGUUCUUGCAAGUGAAGAUGUUUUGUACCAUCGAGAUUACUUUAAUAAACUAGAAAAUGAUUCAAUUGUUGGUCGUCUACACAAGAAGAAUCCUUCUGGUGGCUAUGCACAAUUCUACGUUGAACCGGAAAUUGCGCUACCAAAAGUAGCAGCUGGUGGAUUCGCAUAUCAUGUUGAGCUUGCCACAGCCUAUCCAAUUAUGUCUAAGAUUUUUGACGAGGAUACUCUUUGUAAUCUGGAUCAAAUUGAAUUGUAUCAUUUACAACAAAUGCAUCAACCAUUACAGAAAGGUUCAGAAUUUCGUGAAAUGCUUGAUUAUAUUUUACACAAAAUGGAUGAGUAUGGCGUUCUGCAUCGACAAUUGAAGCAUUGGCACACAAAAAGGCCACAGUGUAUUCGUUCACGUCCCGCUACCAUGUCAGUAACCAUUGACGAAUUCUACCCUGCACUGAGUUUGCUUUUCGGGGGAAUAGUAUUCAGUCUAAUAGUUUUAAUCUUAGAGAAUGUAGUACAUCUGCGCCAGAUUAAAGUGGAGGAAGAAAAAAUGAGAAAAAUGCUUCGGACUAACAAAAACUAUGGAAUGAUUAAACGCGUCACGCCACUGAUCAAAAAUGGCGACUCUUAA